CUCAUAUCAUUCUCACCCAAUCAGAGAGCGAGUGUUGGUAUCGUAUACAACCAAUCAUAUUUUAUCUGACCUUCAAAUCGUAUGACAAACGAUUUAAAUAUUUAAAUCUUUCCAUGUACAUUUAUGUAUAUUAGCCAUUUGUUAUUGAGUGGAUUAUUACAGGAUGACGGUCAUUCCUCUCGUACCAGAUAGUAUCCCAAUAUUGGAUAUACGUAUAUUAGAUGGUAAUGAUCAAGAAAAUAUAUGGAAAAUAUUGAAAUCCGUUUUCCCUAAUUGGUCAAAAGAAUAUACAAAAAUGAAACCAUUAGAAGAAGGAUUAUCUAAUAUAGUUCUACGUUUUGAUCAUGAUAAUAAAAUAGAUGAACCUAAAACUAUUCUUAUGAGAAUUCGUACAAGAUUAGCCGAUUUUAUUGUUAAUAGAUGGGAUGAAAUAAAACAUAUGCAUUUGUUACAUGAACUUGGUGGUGAACAAAAAUUAUAUGCAGUUUUUCAAAAUGGUUUAGUUUAUUCAUUUAUUAAAGGAUCAACUAUAAGUGUGGAUAAAUUUUCAGUGCCAAAGUAUAGCGAAUUGAUAAUUGAACAAGUGGCUAGAUUGCAUAGUUUACCAACUCGAGAAACUAUGCUACGUUUAUUCCCUAGUGAAGUAAAUGAUUCAUCAAAACUUUAUACAAAACCUGUACUUUUUCCAACAAUACGAAAAUGGAUUGAAAAAUUACCAACUGGCUAUAAUAAUGAUAAACAAAAAUUUGAAAGACUUAAAAAUGAAUUUCCUUCAAAAACAGUCCUCUUGAAUGAAGUGGCAUAUUUAGAGAAAUUACUUAAAAAUCCCAUUUCCCCAGUUGUCCUAUGUCAUAAUGACUUAUUAGCUGGAAAUAUUGUCAUGCCUCCGGAUGAAAAAUCAGUCCACUUUAUUGAUUUUGAAUAUUGUGGAUUUAAUCAUGCAGCAUUUGAUAUUGGGAAUCAUUUCUGUGAAUUUGCCGGUAUCAAUGUUGUCAAUUUUGAUAAUUAUCCAACAAAAGAAUAUCAGCGUAUGUGGAUAAGUAAAUAUUUAAAAGCAAAAAAUCAUUAUGAAAAAAAAUUCAAUCAACAAACGGAAGUUAUUCAUAAUGGAUAUUCCACUACUCCUAUAAUGAUCAAUUCACAUUCGAAUCAUAUGGAUCAAGAUCAUAACAAUAGUAGUAAUAAUAAUAAUAAUUGCGAAAAUGAAAGUUUACUUGAGAAAUGGUUGAUUGAAGUGAAUAAUUUCGCUCUGGUAAGUAUUAUAUAGAUAUAGAUAUAUAUGCGGAUUGGUAAUAGAAAUAUACUUCAUUUGGUAUUGUUGUUUACUUGGAACUUCCCAUUGAUGUUUAAGACUGCAAUUGAUCAGUCUCUCUUAUUGGUAUAUGUGCAUCCUGUACGGAUUGACUCGAUAUUGCUUGAAUUCGCAAGCAUUAUAAGCAAAGAUGGAUAGUGGCUAGCAGUGGAAUCCAGUUUGACGCGCAUUUCGUCCUGUUUGGGACUUGUCAGCUAGAUGUACCUGCAUCCCAUUACACAAGCAAGUGGCUAUCAGGACUCUGUAGCUAAGUGGAUAACGUGAUGGAAUUCUGGGUUCGAGUCCCAGAGUGAAUGUCAACUCUAAGAUGGAGGUACAUCCGACUGACGAGUCCCAAACAGGACGAAACGUGCGUCCUGGACUCUACUGCUAGCCACUAUCCAUCUUUGCAUAUAAUAAAUAUACUUUAUUAAAAUCUAGUAAUAGUCAUUUACCUUGCCAAAGAAAUCGAUUAGAGAGAGUAUUCAGUAAGAUCAAGAGCAACAUAUAGGAUCUUAAGGUGUGUGACCUCACUAUAGUAUUUUCUACGAAUAAUUGAUAUCUCUGGACAGACUACUUCUUUACAUUGAAAAAAAGAUCAAUGAGUGUCAGUUCCAAAGUAGUGCACCGGCAGUAAGGUCAUAAAAACAUGGAGCUCUUAUAUCGAAACUAUUGACAAAAAGACUAUUCAAUCAACCUCAAGCAGAUAUCGUUUAGGUUCUGCGAUUACGCUCCAAGGUCGGCAUGACCAUUAUGAACUCAAUUUUCUUCUCACUUAUUUCAAGAAGUAUUCAUUUGGGAAGUGAUAAUUACUGACUCCACUCAAACUCUUCUUGAUUUUUUUAAGUAAUACUUUUGUGUUAAUUGAUGAAUAACCUCGAGAUGGAUUUCUGAAAAUCUUAUUGAGAAGUCCAUAGCCUAAGGAGUCCGUCAACUUGAAAGUGAAAUCAUGUAGACCUGUGAAUUUCAACUCAAUGGUUUGAAGAUGAGUCAUGCCGGAUGUAAGACACAUCGAUUUUAAGUUAAAUCCUUGAUGGGAUUGUAGGGGCUUACUGAAUAGCCACUCCUAAACAUUAACGAGACGGUUGCCCAGUUCUCUGGUUUCUAAUAUUCUUUCUACUUUAUAUCAGUUUUAGAAUUUUGUGUAAUGAUCUUGGUAUGCUCAAUGAUCCGAACGUUAGAUAUGCAAGGGAAUUUGUCUUGAAAACAGUCAACGUCCUUUACAUAACAGGCUGCUUAACAUAACCAGUCAUAACCCUAGAAGUGCUACAGGUGGAGUUCAAAUGAUUUUUUUUGUUUAGCGUAUUCUGUGAACUGGACGAUUUAAUCGUGAAGCUUUCCAGUAUUUUUCUUGUCAAGAACAUUAUCAGCACAUAUUGUUAGAUGGUGGUUGAAGGUAGUCAACAGGAAACCCUUGACCCGGAUUUCGUGCUACUUGGCACUCGUCAGCAAGGUGUACCUGUAAUCUUAAGGGAACUAGUGCUCCCUGACGAAUUCGAUAGCAUUCGAUCUGCACUAAGAAAGACUUGACACACAUAACAUUGAUCAAUACCCAGUGAUCAAUCAAUUAUGAUCAGCACAUACUAUAUUAAGAAGUAAGUUAUUAACAUUAAAAUAAAUAACGACCAACUUACCUAUAUACAACCAAAUUCUAGGUUAACAGAACACAAGCAAUCAGUUAAUUGUGACGAAAUCCAAAUAACUUCCUUCUUAACGAACUGUGUACUGAUAAUGUUCUUGACAUUGAAAACUUCACGAAUAAAUCUUCCACAUCAGAGAACUAAACACCUUCAAAAUCUUCAUCAGGAGCUACAAAUAUUCUUCAUUAUCAUCUUAGUCAUAACUUGUUGUUAGUGAAAGAUACUGUCGGAAAUAAUAGUGUAAUGAAUUAAUCUUUAUAGCUUGUCACUAAUGAACUUCUAACUUCUGUCUAAUUCAAUCAAGAUCCAAGUGCUCACAACGUCUGGAUAGAGAGUGGUGUUUUAUUUUCUAAGAUUUUUGUGUUAUACAAACAUUCUCUUUCUGUAUCCAACUGUCUCUUUUGUUUGUUAAUAAUUAGUGAGUUUAAAGAAAUGUCAGUAGUAUAGAAAAUGGAUAAGGUUGGAGACUUCCUACAGAUCUCUUGAACAAUCAGGAUGAAGAUAGGAAAGUGUGUUAUACUGUCAUAGAUGUGACGUAUUUCUAUGGUGUGUAAAAUUUUUUAAAAUUAACUCACUCACCAAGUAUAUUGGGUAUGAGCCACAGUGUAAGUGUGAAAGCUAAUGAUAGUAACCAAUUUCUUGAACCGAGGUAAGUGACUACCCUUAACGUUUGAUCCACCAGGGUGCCAGGUACCUAUGUGGUUGCGCCAAGGGAUUGAGCUGUACUAUUCAGACUGUAGCGUUAAAGCCUAGAUGGUGUAUAGUUCUGCUGUGAAGCGGGAUUGAGCUGUAUUGCUCGGGUUAUAAAGUCUAGGCCUAGAUGGUGUCUGGUUCUCCUGAAAACGGUAUUGAGUCGUACCAUUUGGGCUAAAAAUUUUAAGCCUGUGUGGUGUCUGGCUGUACUGUUUAGGUUGUCAGGUGAAAGUCUGGAUGGUGUCUGGUACUCUCGAAAACCAAUGUCAAAUUACCCUGGCCCACAAGGGUAUAUUAUAUAACUAUGAACCCUAAACUUUGUCAAAUAGCCUUUUUUAUUAGAUCAGUUUGGUUAUUCAUGGAAUAUAUUUACUUAUAAAUAUCACGGUAUGUGUUAAUAUCUAAUUGUUUCUUGAUUAUUUCGUCAUUUACACAGUCCGCUCACUUGUUCUGGGGUGUUUGGGCAGUAAUAUUAUCGGUUCAAGAACAGACGAAAUUCGAUUAUUUAUCAUAUGGUAUCUCUCGUAUCAAUCAGUAUUACGCAAUGAAAAAUCAUCUUCUUACAAUGAAUUCAUAAACAAAUUCUUUAUGCAAUAAUUGAAUCAAAUAAAACUUGUCACCAUGUCUAUACAUAAACAUAAUCAAUACUAUGACUACUACUACUACUAUUACUACCACCACCACCAUCAUCACCGUAAAUGUGAAAUUCACUUGGUGAUAUUACUUCAUCAAUUCUAUUCAAUAAAUAAAGUCUAUAUGUGUAUAUCAAUUGGAUCAUAUAUGAUGGAGUUUAUUUUAAAGAGAAUCAAACUGUGAUUCAUAUUUCCAAUCAUCAAGUCUAAUUUCUAAUCAGUUCAUUAAUCAAUCGAUUGCAAUGUAUUCCGUUCUCCUUUAUUUGUUUGUUUGUUUAUUUUCUUUUUAUUGAUCUCAUUCCUCUUUUUUUCUCUUCUUUUCUUCAUAAUGUUUUGACUAAAAAAUUGGCCGAUAGACAAAAAUAGUAUGUUGAAUGUUGUAAUCUAUGAAUUAUAAUGCUUUUAAAGGGUUAUUUAUUUCAACACAUGAAUAUUGAUACAAGAGGGCACCAAAUAUAUAUAUGCGCCACAUCAUAUUUGUGUGUGUGUGUGUGUGGGCUGUGAUACUGCCCGGGUGCCCAGACCGAAGCAAGUGGUUUUCUUAGGGGGCCACACCCCGAGCCUUUGACCUAAAGAUCUAAUCCAGAAGGUAGGCAGUGGAGCAUCGUGAGGAGAUGCACUCCUAUGGUAUCCGGUGACCAAGAAAUUGGUUCAUGCGCCAUUUGUUCCUUCAGGAUACGGGAGCCCAUGUACACCAUUGAUUUGGUUUGGGAUCCGGUUAAAACACCGGAUAUUCGCUUUUCGUCCUCUCAAUUUCGUAAACAACACCCGUUGUGCGAGAAGGCAGUGAGUAGGACUUCCCUGGCAGAGGCUGUAUACGCAUGGGAAAGAGCAAUUCGUUUAUGAAUGAUGAUAAAAGAAAACGAAUAGUGAUAGUUUCCAAGCAACUAGUCAGUAAUAAAUCAAGAUAGAGCGUUAGCUCAAUUCGUUAUCAUAAGAUGGAUGGUAAACGAGUCGAAAUAAUCAUAUUAUCAAUUGUAAUGCGAAAAUCUGAACACUGAGAAUACAAGAACAGAGUGAAAAGGGGGAUAUUGGAAUUCAAAAUCGAGAGGAAGAUAGAAAUUAAAUGCAUCUACGCUAUUUCGGCUGAUUGUGUAUGAAUAGUGUUAUUGUUUGUCUGUAAUCACUGAUCAUAAUGAUCGCACAGACCCCAAACAUGUACUAUGUAUCUACAAAUUUUUUAAGGUAUUUUGACAACUGAUAUCUAUUUUGAUUCAUCUUGUUAACUAGUUCAACGUUCUACAGUUCCGAUGAACUAAGACCACGAAGUUUAUGAUUCUAUACAUCAUUGGAGGUUAAAUCUUCAUUGAUGGAUGUUUUCAUUUGUCAGUUUGUUCAUCAUGUAGCUUUUAAUUCCGACAUAUCAUAAAUGGUUGGUCGUUAUUGAAAAAUUGGUCGACUAUGUUCAACACUUAAUGAUUAAAAAUCUAGUAUUUGAACGAAGAAUAUUCUUUUCGAUAAAUUCUCUUCAGGUUCUACAAUUCAAUAUAUCCAAAUUAAUAAACCGAUAAAUGGUCAGGUUAAGGACAAAGUACAUCGUUUAAAGCAUGUGAAUUUAGGAUUGUGACAAACAGGGUACAUCCAGCUGAUGAGUCCCAAAUAGGACGAAACGCGCGUCAAACUGGAUUCCACUGCUAGCCACUAUCCAUCAUUGCCUACAAUAAAAUUGCUAAUGUUAAUAUGACUCAUAUAGAAUGUUAACUUGAAUCGGCGUAUAUGUUAAGUGAAAUUUUCUAAGAUCCAUGAUCAGAAUAAAUAUGGGUCAAAUAGAGUGAGACAGAAAUAGUAGUGCAAAUACAAUUCGAUCAAAUAAGUAAGACGAAAUACGGAGGGAUAAAUGUGAACUGAAUGAAUCAUGUAUAGGGGAGAUUAAUGAUGUUUAACCAAUAGUAAUAAUAAUGAUAAUAAUACAAAGAUUUAUGAAUAAAGAUAACAGGGACAAUUACAAUUGACUACGAAAGGUCAUAGUCAAAUUAGGUCAUUCAAUAGUUAAGAUUACGAUUGAUUAAUUGGCCUUGAUGUUGGCCAAGGGAGGAGGAGUGGCUGAAUAUAUUUCUUCUGUACGCAUAGCUCCGGUUUCUUCAUCCGGAUGGCUAUUGCUUCAGCCGUUUGAAGGACUUUCAGUCUGACCAGUUUUGGCAAAAAUUACUGACGUUAUAAAUAAUUGAAAAAGGUGUUGGUUUAUACUGGCAGUAUGACCGGUUUGUACUAAAUGGGCCAAUAUUGAGCUGUUCACUUUCUCCAUCAAACCUCUGUUUAACCACGCUGGAAGGUGUUCACGAGCACGAAAAUGUAAAUUCUUAGAACUUCGACCGAUAUAACUCACUCCACAGGAGCAGUCGAACUGAUAAAUACAAAAUGAGGUGGUCAUUCUUCUUUUAGCCUCGGUGUAACCAUUGGGCGCGUAGAAAAUACUAAUCGCAGUUCUCCGGCGUUAAAAGACUUUUGUAUUGUCCUACGUAACCUCUGAAUUAAUAUUUUACUAGCCGCAUCCCCUCUGAAUUGUAGACGCAUGAACAGGAAUUUCUUCACUGUUUGUAUUUCGCCUUCGUGACCAUAUAUUUAAUUAUAAACUUCCUAGGGUAGCCGUUCUCCCUGAGAGUAUUAUGCAAGGCGUUAAGCUCUUGUUCAACUAUAUCAGCAGAACAUAUAGUGCGAAUACGGUAACUAAGGUUUUUGAUCAAGUUUCGUUUGUACUGUAGAGGUACAAAGCUCAGGAAAUUCGUAUACUGCCCAAUCCAUGUACAUUUUCUGUUUAAGUUCCUUUUUAACGAUCCAUCCGCUCUCUUAGUCAAGAGAACGUCCAAAAAGGCUAUUCGGCCAUCACUCUCUUCUUCAGAUGUAAACUGAAUGGCUGGAUGCACUUCAUUAAAUCGCUUAAGAACCUCUUGCGGCGACGUAUUAUCUUUACAGAGGAUGAACGUGUCAUCCAUGUAUCUACAGUAAAAUGUGAAGUUUUGAAUAAUCUUUUUAGUGGACCAUUUUCUUGUUUGGCUGGAAAAAUAUAAACUAGUAUAGGGCCUAGUGGUGAACCCAUUGCAACACCAUCUAUUUGUCUAUAUAUUUCACCAUUGAACUUGAAGUUCACAUUCAUAGUGCACUUGAGUAAUAACUCUUUCACGACAUGAAUAGGAACAGUAGUUUCAAUUUCAUUUUCAAUCAACUGUUCACCUAUAUAUUCUACAGUCUCUAUGAGUGGGACGUUUGUGAAUAACGAUGUUACAUCUAAUGACAUCAUCUUCAGUCCCACCGUAUUUGCAUUUUUGAUUUUAUCAACAAAUUGGAAUACAUCCUUAACACUAUAUUUUACAAACUUUUCGUGUAGAGGUUUUAAUACAGUUACCAACCAUUUAGCUAUAGUAUGGUAAGGAGAGUUAUAUAUAUCUAAAAUAGGUCUUAAUGGGAUCCCCGGUUUGUGUACCUUUGACAAUCCAUACGAUCUCGGCAGAUAGGUUCCCACUGGUUUAGUCAUUUCAUAUAAACCCGAUGAGAUAGUCUGUUGGUCCCUGAGCUUCUUCAAAGAUCUGGUAAGCUCAUUCUCUAUCUUAUUAUUCAAAUCUUUCUAGUCAGUUAUUUUCUGAGACUUUAAUUUGUCAUUUAAGAUUGUACUCAUUUUUUUAAAUAUUAUCACUUUUAUUAAGAAGAACAACACCUGAACCUUUGUCAGGUUUUGUAAUCAAUAACGUCUCCUCCUUGAGAAGUAGGUUAAUAGCUUCCUUGUGCUUCUUCGUAAGAAUGCUUUUGUAACUGAAUUUAUUGUUCUUAUAUUGGUAACAGCAGUCUACAAAUGUUGAUUUAAAAUGUUCUAAUUGCUGAUCAGACUUCACAACUAAAUCACGUGUAUGACUAUAAAGAUUCUCGAAUUGUAUGUCUGUAUCGAUGUGGUUACAGUUUUUACGAGUAUUACAAAAUUUUAGACCUAGGGAUAAUACCUCUAGUUUUUUUAAAUCUAGUUCGACACUUGAGAAACUAUGUACAUACCUUUUAAAGUCAGUUGGAAAUUUGCUUUCGGCUGUUUUGAUUUUCCAGUCCUUUCAGUAACUGGAUGAGUUUCUUCCCUGAUCUCUGAUCUAUAAGACUCGUAACAUAGUUCAUAAAAGGUAUUUUCAAAUCAUCAGUUAAGUCAUCUACUGCAUACUUUCUGCGAAAAACGUUCAUCUUUAUCUCGUUUAUGUCUAAAUGCAAGGCGUUAAUCUGGUUUAGGGCGUGGCGUUUGAGUGUUUAGUGAUUACUUGAGAACUGUUCAGGUAAAAUCGCAAUAUUCCCCAUCUAGUGGUCACUGAAUGAUAGUAAAUAAUUAUAAGGUUAGUCAUUUCCAGUUAGUAGGUAUCCCUGCUUGAUUAUAGAUUUUGCGCUAAAUGAUAUCAACCAGUUAGAAGCAUCUGAAAUUGCAAGGGAAUUGACACUGGCUUAUAAUAUGAGAUUCGAGUAUCCAGCGACAGUUGAAGGCUUCACUCCUUAUGAGUGGCAUUUCAAAGGGCCUUAACCAAUCACUCCAAGUUCCAAAAAGCCACCAUAAGUUAUUCGAAUAUCAAGAUAGACGUAUUUGUAGGCAGAGUCGUCGGAUAAACUGUCCCACUUGUUAUAGUUGGACGAUUCAUGUCGGAUGUUAAUCUUCACAUUCAUUAGCCGAAUGUCAAGUUGCCUAAACACUAAACAAUUUCACUUGCAUAAUCCUAAUACAGUAUUUUCAAAUAUUCGGCCUAAUGAUAGUUCCUACUUAUUAGUAGUGAGUUGAUAACAUAUUCAGACGAAUAGUGAUAAGUGGGGAAAAAGCGACUGCUCCAUUCUUCCAGUACAUACAACUGGAUCUGAUAUAAUCAGCGCAUCAUGUGUUCUUACUUUUUCCUUAACUUUCGCCUGGACUUGAACAUUCUACUUACGCAUUUUCAUCACACAUAUAUCAAUAGUCAAGAUAAAUGUGUGAUUAGUACAUGGUGUAUUUCUAUUUGGGUUAAGGUAAUAUCCCUAACCAUUAAAGCUGAGCAACACUAUAUACACUUUACAAUCGUGUCAUUGCUUUUUUAAAAAAACAACCCAAUCUUAUAUUCAUGAAUGCACACCUCUCCUUAUCCCACGGAUAUCACUCUCCAGUGGUUCGUGUGUGACCGACCUCAAGUAGUUGCCCCUUGGGCAUUGUGGUCACGCUCCCAGGUCACUACGACCACUCCUAACGAAACUUCCUUUUCAGGUGCCUCCAGAAGUACCUUUCCACGGUGUGGGCAACCGAGAAGCGAUACCCACCCUCAUACCUCUAAUAGCACCCAAGAUUAAUGACUAGCUGUAAAAACUAAUGAACAGCAGGUUUUACUGCCAAAGAUUAGUACUGUUUUAUUCGAAUCUUGGUAGAAAGCUUCCAUCAACGUUACAAGGCAAAAACAUUUGGCUACUAAUUAGUGACAGGGAUAAAGACUGUUACAUAC